AUGGCUGCCUCCGCUCGAGCACUCCGCCAGGCCAGUGGAAUCUUGCUGCGAGAAUGCGCUCCGAAGCCACGUCCCUCGUCGCGAACCUUUUCUACUCGCACGGUAGCACCUCUUACUAGGAAACACCUGUUGAGCCCCAAGACCCCCUCAUGGCAGCAGGUCAGGAGAUUCACCAGGUCUGCCAAACGGGGUGCUGCCGUGCAGACUCCUCCCCGCCCCGAGGCCUACCUGGAAAGCGGCGUGAUCGAGGCCGGGAAAAAUCUGGUGGAUGUGAAGAAAGUCCUGGUCAUUGGGAGUGGUGGCCUGAGUAUCGGCCAGGCGGGGGAAUUUGACUACUCUGGAUCUCAAGCUCUGAAAGCAUUGAAAGAAGCCGGCGUCAAGUCCGUCCUUAUCAACCCCAAUAUUGCGACCAUCCAAACCGACCACAAGCUCGCCGACGAGGUCUACUACCUGCCUGUCACGCCAGAGUAUGUCACGUAUGUGAUAGAAAGAGAGAAACCCGACGGCAUUCUCCUCACAUUCGGUGGCCAGACCGGUCUGAACUUGGGGGUUAACAUGAACCGGAUGGGCAUAUUCGACCGGUAUGGCGUCAAGGUUUUGGGAACCAGCAUUAAAACUUUGGAAACAAGUGAAGACCGAGACUUGUUCGCUAAAGCCCUCAAUGAAAUCAACAUCCCCAUCGCUCAGUCAAUCGCUGUCGGUACGGUCGAUGAAGCGCUUGACGCUGCUGAGCAAGUGGGAUAUCCCAUCAUUGUCCGCUCGGCGUAUGCUUUGGGCGGUCUAGGGUCUGGCUUUGCUUCCAACCGUGAGGAGCUGAGCAAUUUGGCCUCCCAAUCGCUUUCCCUGUCUCCUCAGAUCUUGGUUGAGAAAUCUCUCAAAGGCUGGAAAGAGGUUGAGUAUGAGGUCGUUCGUGAUGCCGAAGACAACUGCAUCACGGUGUGCAACAUGGAAAACUUCGACCCUCUUGGAAUCCAUACUGGAGACAGUAUCGUCGUGGCGCCCAGCCAGACCUUGAGUGAUGAAGAGUACCACAUGCUGCGGACAGCGGCUAUCAAGAUCGUCCGACAUCUUGGGGUCGUGGGCGAGUGCAACGUACAGUAUGCUCUCCAGCCGGAUGGCCUCGACUACCGAGUCAUUGAGGUCAAUGCCCGUCUCUCUCGGUCAUCGGCUCUUGCAUCCAAAGCCACUGGCUAUCCUCUGGCCUACACCGCUGCGAAAAUUGGUCUCGGUCAUACCCUUCCAGAACUGCCAAACGCUGUCACCAAGACGACCACGGCCAAUUUCGAACCGAGUCUGGACUAUAUCGUGGUCAAGAUCCCUCGGUGGGAUCUGUCCAAGUUCCAGCACGUCGAUCGUCACAUUGGCAGUGCCAUGAAAUCCGUAGGAGAAGUCAUGGCCAUUGGACGCACUUUCGAGGAAUCAUUCCAGAAGGCCAUCCGGCAGGUCGACCCCAGAUAUGUGGGUUUCCAGGGUGAUAAAUUUGACGAUCUGGACGACACUCUGCGCAACCCCACGGAUAGACGAUGGCUCGCGGUUGGUCAAGCCCUUAUCCACGAGAACUACUCGGUGGAGAAGAUCCAUGACCUCACCAAAAUCGACAAAUGGUUCUUGUACAAGUUGCAAAACCUGAAGGAGACCAUGGCCGAAAUCCAGGAAAUUGGCUCUUUGUCCGGUAUCAAACACGAACUCAUGCUGAAGGCCAAAAAGCAGGGCUUUUCCGACAAGCAGAUUGCCAUGUAUAUCAACUCGACCGAGCAAGAGGUCCGAGCGCGUCGACUGAAGUUUGGCAUCCGCCCGUGGGUGAAGAAGAUCGAUACACUUGCUGCGGAAUUCCCUGCCGAUACCAACUAUUUGUACACGACCUACAACGCCUCAUCCCAUGAUGUUACUUUCGACGACCACGGAACCAUCAUUCUCGGGUCUGGUGUUUACCGAAUUGGCUCAUCGGUCGAGUUCGACUGGUGCGCGGUGAAUGCCACUCUGACCCUGCGAAACAUGGAUCAGAAAACUGUCAUGAUCAAUUAUAACCCCGAGACCUAUUCGACCGAUUUUGACACUGCCGACAAGCUCUACUUCGAGGAACUGUCGUACGAACGAGUCAUGGACAUCUACGAGCUCGAGGGCGCCUCCGGAGUGGUUGUCAGCGUCGGAGGUCAGCUUCCUCAGAACAUUGCGCUCCGGUUGCAAGAGGAAGGCCAUGCCAAGGUCCUAGGCACCAAUCCUCAAGACAUUGACAAGGCCGAAGACCGUCACAAAUUCUCCCAGAUCCUCGAUUCCAUUGGCGUGGAUCAGCCGGCAUGGAAGGAACUGACCUCGGUGGCCGAGGCGGAAGCCUUUGCUGAUUCUGUCGGCUAUCCAGUACUAGUCCGCCCGUCGUAUGUCCUGUCUGGUGCUGCCAUGUCGGUCAUCUACACGCAUGAUGAGUUGAAGGAUAAGCUUGAACAUGCGUCAGCCGUAUCGCCUGAUCACCCUGUCGUCAUUACCAAAUUCAUUGAAGGGGCGGAAGAAAUCGACGUCGACGCAGUAGCAUCGCAGGGAGAGUUGAUCCUGCAUGCUGUGUCGGAGCAUGUGGAACCUGCAGGUGUGCACUCUGGGGAUGCCACUUUGGUCCUGCCCCCGGUCAACCUCAACGAGAGCAUGAUGGCCCGUAUCAAGGAGAUCGCGCAGAAAGUUGCCAAGGCAUGGAACAUCACCGGGCCAUUCAACAUGCAGAUCAUCAAGGCGGAUGCGCCUGGUGAGGAGCCGGCCCUCAAGGUGAUUGAGUGCAACCUGCGUGCCUCUCGAUCUUUCCCCUUUGUCAGCAAAGUGCUCGGCACCAACUUCAUUGACACGGCCACCAAGGCAUUGGCGGGUCGAGAUGUGCCCGAACCCCAAGAUCUGAUGGCUGAGAAGCGUGACUACCUUUCGACCAAAGUGCCACAGUUCUCUUGGACCCGCUUGGCCGGUGCCGACCCCUUCCUGGGCGUGGAGAUGAGCAGCACGGGUGAGAUUGCUUGCUUUGGUAAGGAUUUGAUCGAGGCCUACUGGACUUCUCUGCAAGCGACCAUGAACUUCCGCGUACCAGAGCCCGGUGAGGGCAUCCUCCUAGGUGGAUCAACUGAGCUGCCCGAGCUGCCUAAGAUCGUCGAAUACCUCCAGCCCCUGGACUACAAGUUCUACGCCGCAAGCGAAGACGUGAAGAACCACCUCGAAAAGUCCGGUGCCUCUGUUGAGGUGAUCGAGUUCCCCAAGACAGACAAGAACGAGCUUCGGAAGGUGUUUGAGAAGUACAACAUCAAGGGAGUGUUCAACCUCGCCAAGAGCCGGGGUAAGACUCUGCUGGAUGAGGAUUAUGUGAUGCGACGGAAUGCCGUGGACUUUGGUGUUCCCUUGUUCAUGGAACGCAAGACUGCUUUACUAUUUGCUCAAUGCAUGAACGCUAAGCUACCUCGAAAGGAAGGCAUUCCUCCGGAGGUCAAGAGCUGGCAGGAGUUCACGGGAUCGAAGAUGAUGUGA